AUGGGGCCUGUCAUCAUUCCUUCUGUUUUGCUUUGGCACUUGUUUUUCUUUGGCAGUACAAUUCUUGAAGGAGUCAAUGCUCAAGUUAAUGGUUGGGUUAAUGCUCAUGCAACUUUCUAUGGGGCUGACCAAAGCCCCUUCUCUCUUGGAGGAGCUUGUGGAUAUGAUAACACCUUCCAUGCUGGAUUUGGAGCUAACACAGCCGCGUUGAGCGCUGCACUUUUUAGAGAGGGUGAGGCUUGUGGUGCUUGCUACCAACUAAGGUGCGAUUAUAGGGCUGACCCCAAGUGGUGCCUCCGGCGUGCUAGUGUGACCAUAACCGCCACCAACUUUUGCCCUUCCAACAACAAUGGUGGGUGGUGCAAUCCCCCUCACCAUCAUUUUGACAUGUCGAUGCCUGCCUUCCUUCGCAUUGCCUGGCAAGGCAACGAAGGCAUUGUUCCGGUUCUUUAUAGGAGGGUUCCAUGCAGGAGGAGAGGUGGAGUCCGGUUCACCUUGAAAGGGCAAUCAAGUUUCAACCUGGUGAUGAUCUCAAACGUUGGUGGCAGCGGCAAUGUGAAGGCGGCAUGGAUAAGGGGCUCGAGAACAAGAACAUGGCUACCUAUGCAUAGGAACUGGGGUGUCAAUUGGCAAAGCAGCGUUGAUCUCAGGAACCAAAGACUGUCUUUUAAGCUGACUCUGGUCGAUGGCAAAACGUUGGAGUUUCUCAAUGUUGUUCCUUCUACGUGGAAGUUUGGACAAACAUUUGCUUCGCCACGACAGUUCUACUAGCUGCCUAAAGAAAUGCCCUAGAAACCAUUACUUUUUACAUUGAUGGUUUUAGGGUAAAAAUCAUAAUGACAUAAAACAUGUCAUUGAAGCUUGCCUUUAUCUUAUAGUACUUUAAACAAGCAGGCAUGGCUCCAAAAGUUGGGAGCAAUAUGCUUCAUUUGUAAUGUUUUUUCUCCAUACUUUUGUCAAUUAUUGGGGGGACAGAUUGUAUUUUUUA